AUGACAGAAAUCACUCUAACUCUAUGCAGUGACUAUCUUCCAAAGGCAUAUCUCACGCAUCCAACACUUACAACAGUCCUCCCAAGAAAAAUGUGGAUUUAUUUCAUCGAAAAUACAACUGGUGAACCAAGUGAUACUUUUUCAGAGAUUUGGGUUUAUGCAUCUAAGGAAGCAUACGAAAAGGAUCAAGAACAUGUCGUUUUAAAGGAAAUGUCUCUUGGUCUUGGCGCAAAUGGCGUGAAAGACGGAAAUCUUCUCUUAUUUAAGACAAGAAAUGAAUCAGCUUAA